AUGGCAAAGUCAAAGCAAAAAGGAAAAGGUCCUCGUCGCUCCGGUGGUGGCCUGACUUUCAAUGAAGACGCUCUCGCAAAGCUCACCUCAAGAAUUCACCACAGCUUAACUGACAACGAUCACAAGCGCAAGCGACCGCCCACGAAUGCCUCGCCUGCACAUAUGGUCAAGAAGCAGCGCAACUCUGACGCUGAACCCGUCACUCAUGGAUCCAAGACUGAUCAAGAAGCUCUUCUUGCAGAAAUCCUAGCUCUGGGUGGUGACGAAGACGAUCUCGAGUUGAUCAACGGCAUUGACUCGGACGACGAGCUGGUCGGCGAGAGCAAGGCCCCAGUAGACAAGAAGCUGAGAGACGAGCUUGAAGCGCUCUCCAAAAAACUGGGAUUCUCUGAGUUUGUACCUCAGGAGGCGAGCGAGGCCAGUGAGGACGAAGAUGGGGAGGAGGCCGAGAGAGAGGAAGUAGAGGAUGAAGAAGGCGACGAAGAUGACGACGAUCAAGAGAAAGAGAAGAUUCCCGAGAGUCGCCAUCUGGGCAACUUGACCUUUGAGCCCCGCGCCGACUGGCAUGCCUACAAACUUGCGAAGUUGCCCUCUCCCAUCACUGAAGAUGCCGGCCCUUUGUUCUCUCCUAUUCAAGCUCUUAAGCAACACGCUCAAUCUCUUUUGGAAAAAGACGCCGAUAAAUAUCGAACCAGUGUUUUCGCCUCAGCUUCACACAAAUUCUUGUCUACCAUCAUGACCUCUGGUACAUUGACCGACAAAGUUUCUGCACUUACUCUCGCUAUUCAAGAGUCUCCUGUGCACAACAUCCGUGCCUUUGACGCCCUCAUGAAUCUGGCUUCUAAAAAGAGUCGAGGUCAAGCUAUUGGUGCGAUUGGUGCGCUGGUCGAUCUACUUGGCCCUGGUACCCUUCUUCCCACCGAGAGACGCCUCCGCACUUUCCAGAAUCAGCCUGGUCUGCUUGGUACCCUUCAAAAGCACUCUUUCAAGGUCUGGGCCCCAGGUCAACCGCUUCCCGGCAAAAUCUCCGAAGAACAUCUGAUCUCAUGGAUUUUCGAAGACUGGCUAAAGGCCACGUAUUUCAAGAUCAUCCAACUUUUGGAAGGCUGGUGCUCUGAUGAAAUCGAGUAUUCACGUAUAAAGGCAGUGGACUUCGUCUACGCUCUCCUGAAAGAGAAACCCGAACAAGAAUCUAAUCUCCUGACACUACUUGUCAACAAACUUGGUGAUCGAGAAAAGAAGAUUGCGUCUCGCGUUUCAUACCUCCUCUUGCAGCUACAGAAUUCUCAUCCCGGCAUGAAGCCUGUAAUUAUUCGCGCAGUGGAGCAAGAUAUUUUACUACACCCUUCCCAGGACUCUCGGUCCAAGUAUUACGCUAUCAACACACUAAACCAGACUAUCCUGAGCAGCAAAGAGCCCACAGUUGCCGAGUCACUCAUUCGAAUCUAUUUCGAGCUCUUUGUUGCCAUGCUUAAAUCGGGUAGCUUGGGUAUUCCCCUGCAGAUUGAAACUGAUACCCAGGAUGGUGCAGAGACAAAGUCGGAGCUUAGACCUGGCAAGCCUGGAGGUCGGCCUCCCAGAAAAGGUGGAAAAUUGGCUAAGCCGAUCCCAGCAGUUCCGGAGGCAGAGGCUGCUGAUAAGUUGGUAUCUGCUCUACUGACUGGUGUCAAUCGUGCCGCGCCCUUUGUUGGUACAAAUGACGGAGUAAUGGAAACCCACGUAGACACACUCUUCAAGAUCACCCACUCUGCCAACUUCAACACGGGAAUUCAGGCCUUGUUGUUGAUUCAACACCUUUCUCUCGCGAGAAGCAUAGCUACCGACCGGUUUUACCGCACACUCUACGAGUCUCUGCUGGACCCUCGUCUCGUCACUUCCUCAAAGCAAGCCCUGUACCUCAAUCUUUUGCUGCGGUCCUUAAAGAACGAUGUUGAUGUGCGUAGGGUCAAAGCGUUUGCCAAGAGGAUGCUGCAGAUCGCUGUUCUGCACCAACCACCGUUUGUGUGUGGACUGCUUUAUGUAAUUGGCCACUUGCGUCAGACUUUCCCUGAUCUAUCUACCCUCAUUGAACAACCGGAAGAGUCCGUCUUCGAUGAUGACGAGGAAGAUAUCCAGCGCCCAGCAUAUGAUGGCAGAAAGCGGAAUCCGGAGCACAGCAACGCUCAGAGAAGUUGCCUGUGGGAGAUGAUCCCCAUGCAAACGCAUUAUCACCCGUCAGUCACGGUAUUCGCCGCUGGGCUUGUCAACAAGGCUGCCAAGAUGCAAAAACCCGAUCUCGAUAGCCACUCUCUCAUUCGAUUCCUCGACAAGUUUGUUUACCGCAAUGCCAAGGCGACCGAUGGUGCCAAGGGUGUUUCCAUCAUGCAGCCGCUCAGAGCCACAAAAGACUCCGGCGAUAUCUGGCUCGGAAGCCGUGGUGCUGGCGCAACUGGAACUCAAGUCAAUUCUGCGGCUUUCUGGAACAAGAAGGCCGAGGACGUUGCUGCCGAAGAUGUCUUUUUCCACGAAUACUUCCAAAACAUUGGCAAAGAACCCAGGAAUAAGAAACAGAAGACUGCCACCAAGGCCACAGAAGAAGAAGAAGAAGAAGAAGAAGAAGACGACGAGGUCUGGAAAGCCCUGGUGGACGCCCAGCCCGAUAUCGAAGGCGAAGACUCCGAUGUGGAUGAAGGCUUUGAUGACUUUGAUGAAGAGGAAAUGGCUUCUUUGGACGGAUCAUCGCCGGCCAUGUCUCUGGAUGAUGAUGAGUCGGACGGUGGCGUUUCUAUCGAAGGAGAAGACGACUCUGACGGGUUCGUAGAAUUCAACGAUGAAGACGAGGAGGAGGAAGAGGACAGCAAGAAGGCGGACAAUAAGAAGAAAUCGGCGAGACGCAAGAUGAUCAAGGGCCUGCCUACGUUUGCUUCGGUGGAUGACUAUGCAGAGCUUCUGGCAAAUGAGGAGGAAGAUUUUUAG